AUGUGUCGCACAGUUUCUAAUUUCUUCUCGACAUGCGGGCACGUAACGAGCCACCCGGCCAUCUGCCCGGACUACCCGACCUGCCCCUGGGACGGGCACUUCACCGUGCCUCUCCCUACCCGGUGUCCGGAAUGCACACAAUCGCUCUCCCAGCCCCGCUCCCAGCGCUCCAGCCCGUCCUCCCCAACACGCAACCAAACACCACGCGCCCUCGCUCUCGCCCAACUCUCCGUCGCUGUCGAACUAGCCCGCGAAGCCAGCCAGCGGCUCACAUACGUACCUGAACCGAACCCUCGCGCCGUGUCCCCAAUCGGGCCUCUCGCGCUGCGACGACGCGCUCAUCGCUUACGGCUCCUGGGAUUACUGUAUAUGCGUGAUGGCAGCGAUGGGUUCACGGUCUUCGAUCGGUUUACGGUGUUGCAGCAGCAUCGUAUGGAGAGGGUGCGUGAUGCUUUGCGAACCCUCGGGCAGCAUGCGAAUGAUACGAUUUCGGUUAGGUUGGAUCCGAUUUAUGCGUCGAGAUUGGAUGGCCUGAUUGAGUUGGUGUUGACGUUGCCCGGACAUGGCGUUUUGGAACGCGCGAUGCCGGAUAUACAUAUGAACCCGGGACCGAGCGAGCAAACGUUAAGAAUUCGUGGUCUGGAGGGGUUUCUGGUGAGAGCUGGCGAGGGGCAGGGAGAGGAUAUGUGUUGUAUUUGUAGAGAGGAGUUUGGGAAGGGUGGGGAGGAGAGGGUGAGCUUGCCUUGUGGUCAUGUUUUUGGUGAGACGUGUAUUGGGAGGUGGUUGGUCGAGAGGCCCAAUUGUCCUAUGUGUAGGAGGGAGUAUGCUUGGGAUUUGGCGGAGAUCGGGAGGGAUAUGCUGUUGGGAGAACGGGGGUGGGCAUGAGGAGG